UAUAUCCGCUAAUGCUGCUCCUCAUUUGGGUCAACAAUUGCAAGAAAGAGUCAUUAGAAAACCUGCCGAAUCAAUGAUAAAAUAUAAAAAUAAAGGUAAAAGCCCGAUUGUGAUAAUCAAUUUGGAAGAUGAUGAUAAUGCUAUUCCUG